AUGACAUGUGCACAUCACUGCGCGUUAGAAAAAUCCAAGUGCAAGUCGUUUAACUUCAUUGCCGAUCCUACGUUCACAGGAAAUUGUGAGCUAAACUUCGGGAAAGCUCAAAAGCUUGAUGAUGCAAAUUUAGUUCCACGAAAUGGAAUGAAAUAUUUCGAAGAGAUAAACCAAGAUGCGGAAGGUAAGACUAUGUUAUAUAUACAAAUCAACUCGCAAAAUAUAUAAAUUACUAUAGAGACAUGCAUGCAGCAAACCCUCGACUAUAUUUUCCAAGAAUUGACUUAAUUUAGCAUGAAGUAUUAGUGAUUGGCCAACACUGAACGUAGGCUCGAGUUGUGGCAUCAAGUGUUAGCAUGACAACUCUGUCAGAAUACUGUGUUUUAAAUUCGUAUUUUUUACAUUUUUCUGUACAAAACGGAAAUGUUAGUACUUUUAACUAUAUAAUAAUUAAUUUCUGAAAUAUAAACUGUAGGUAUGCUUUUCUGCAUUGUGUGAGCAUUUAAUACAAAAUUUAAUCUGAAACUUUAGACUUCCUAAUGCUCUCCUUGCCCCGGGUGUAAUUAGUACCCUCGUCCCGGACUUACGCUCGGAACGACCCUGCCCCGUUGGCUUGGGUAUUUAUAACUGACAUGAGCAUAACAUUAUGACAUGGUUUUCAAAACAAAACUUAUAUGCUUUCAAUUCACAUUUGAAGCAACGCGUGUCAGACGAUUAUAAUUAAGGUUACUGUUGGUGACAAAACCGCGCAGAAACGGUACGUCGGUUUCAACUCACUGCAUAUUGUCCUUGCCACUGUGCCAAAUAUUUCGUAUAAAACUUAAAACAAAAGAUUUAUUGUUUGACCAUUAGCAAACCAGACAAUUGAAACUAAGAAUAUUGGCUUUAAUUCAUUACUGCAAUAAAAUAACUUUGGAUGUUGGUACUCCUCAGAAAGUAGCUAUACAAUCUGUAAAAUGUAUGCAUGGCUGCCUGUGAUAUAGCUAUCUUAAACAAUACAUGUGUAUGCAAAUCGGUGUAUGCAAAAAUUAGAAUUAACCACAUAUAUUUAUACAUUGUACUCGAUUCGGUCAACAAACAUGGGUUUAAAUUUGCUUUGAAUUAAAAAAUGCCCCUCAGAUUCAUGUUGUGUGAGGCUUCACUACUAGUGAGGCGGAUAUGUGUAAAAUUAUUGAUCAGUAGUUCCCGUUGAGGUUAAAAGCAUCAAACUUUUACAAUUGAUGUAGUUUUAUUUGCUUAAUAGAUAUUUGAAGUGGGGCCAUCGCUAUGUUGCUGCUAACUCCUGAAAACGAGUGAUUAGUGAUUAUCUUCUAUUGAAUUAUAUUAUAGCCAAAAAAUGUGAAAUUUUGUAUUCAAUUACAACAAAUAUGACUUGCAUCAUCAGAAAACUUAUAAAAAAAGCUGCAUAUUAGCCGUUUAGACAGAUUUUUGAUUUCUGAAAUAGUUUUCGAAUUAUAAACUGUUAAAAACGCAUUUUCAAACGUCGAAUAAUGAAUUUGGGACUUUUAGCGAGAUAAUGUGCCUAAUUUACAGCAAUAACCAUUUGAAGAAUAAAAAACUGUUUCAAAGUGUUUUACGUAGUUUUUUAUACAAGCUUUCUGAUGAUGCAAGUUAUAUUUGCCGCGAUUGAAUUCAAAAUUUCACAUUUUUUGUUGUAGUAGAAUUUAAUAGGAAAUAAUGCUAAUAGCAUCGUAACUCUCUAAAAAAAACGGUUUCACGAUGGCCCCACUUUUGCAUGUUGUUCUACUCAUAAAAAGAUGCUACUGUGCACAAUUUGGUGCUUUUAACCCUCUUAGGAAACAUCCAUGCACAUAUCCGCCACACUUUACAAGCCAGGGCUGCAAUGUCACCUGAAUACCAUUUCAAAAAUAGUCCGCCAAUUUCGUGCCUCAGUGUUCUAGGUAAUGGCUUUCUAUAGAUAAUGACUGUUUCUUCUCAGUACAGUUUACGGAGAAGGCGGAGCAGUAGUUAGGUUUGGUGUUCAUUUCUCAAGUACAUGUGUUCAGUAUAUACUCCCUGCUAAAUUCUAUAUAGUCUUUGAGGGUUCACCUUCAGUGGGAGCAAAUAGUGUUUAUCUUUUUAAGAAUGAAAGUGUAAACACAUUACAGCGUAUCUUUCAAUUAGCAAACUUUGUAAUUUCUUCUUUUAUUGGAAGAUGAGAUAUUGGCAACUAAAGAGCCAUCUAAUACACCUGAAAUUGCUGCAAAUAGUCCAGCUCUGAAGUUUCGUGGUAACAACAUAGUCGAAUACGGGAUAUCUAAUAAAUCGCAGUUGUUCGAAGAUUUGACGUCGAUCAGUGCGUGUUUCUGGAUGAAUGCCGAGAAUUCGUCCAUUUCUGGUCAAGAACCUGCUAUUUUGUCGUAUGCUGUGCCUUGGUCUGAUAACGAAUUCCUGAUCGUACUUGACCCCGAACUAACUGUAUAUUUUGAAAAAGGGAAAGUCAGGUAGGAGAUCAAAGCAACACUGCUAAACGUGAAAUGAAAGAGACAUGCACGUAAUUCAUGAACGCGACAUAUAUGUACCCUUCGUAGUGGGCAAUGAACUGAACAGGUUAAUGUUUCAUUAAUGGGCAAUGAAGCAGAUUAAUGAGUGAGAUGCCAACAAAAUCUUGAUAUUUACCCAUAACCUAUACCGAUGCAUGCAGUACCCUAGUAUAUGUGCAUGAACUUGUGAUUAGAGCUCGACAACUGGCCUCUUUAACUCAGUUGGCUAGACCGCGCCACCGGGAAUCGCAGGGUCGAAUGUUCGAUUCUUGCCUGGGAUCUAAAGUUGCAUUCAUUCGCAGUUGUUCCUGGUCUGGUCUAAUAAAUGUAUGUAUAAAUAUCCACUCGACAAUAUCCAUCUACUAUAACCAUCUGGCUUGUACAUAGGCAGCCAUCCAAAGCUGUACUGAUUUAAUUUAAUAACUUUGCCGUAACAUAAAUUACAAAUUCUGGCAGGGUUCCCGCAACAGCAUAACGCCAAUUACUGCAGGCCCAAAAAUGAUCAGCCGUUAAACAUUUUGAAAAUUGUUUAUUCGACGUGCUGACUAGAUUUAAGGUAGGCGACUAUCAGGAAUGGUGAAACUAUUAAGAUGACUAAAUUCUAGCCGAAAGGUCGAACAAGCAAUUUUCAAAAUGAACACCGAGUGAGUGUUGUUUAUCACGAGUCUCGAUAACAAUGCUCAGUGCAUGGUUCCUGCAAUUUGUCAAAAUACGAAACGAAAUACAAAUGGUAGUUAGAGAAGAGGGCUCAUAUGUUCUAACGACUAAAGGAGUGCUUACACAGAGACUUAUACCUUACCUAGGACUGACCUACUGCAGAACAGUUAGUCCUGUAGUGUAACGCACUAUAGGGCCGACCUAAGACCUUGUUUUCAGGCCAAGCGUUAGAGGUGGCCUGAAAACAUGGUCUUAAGUCAGUCCUAUAGGUAGGUCUAAGGUCAGGCACUGAGGCCUGCGGUGUAAACACAUUUUCACUGACCCUUGUCGUGCUCGAGGCUAGUUUCCAUGGCAACAAAUGUAAAUUGGAGUCUUAAAUGUCAGCACUCAGCGGAUGUCAUUUUCUACUUUGUACAGUAAUUCGUUUCGCACGUAAAUAUAUAUAAUGGCCAAUUCAAUGGGACUUGGGCAUUUAGUUAGGUAACAAAUGUGAACACAUCGUGUGAAGUCUUGUUAGGCACUUCUCUGGUGCAGGUAAAAUGUCAGGUAAAUGUCAAUCUCAAACUCAUUAAUAAUUCAUGAGUAAAUUAGCCAACUUGUUGCUUACAUGAUAAUACUGGAUAAUACCUGUUAAAGUAUAUUGAUCUAGUCCUAGGACUGGAUACAAAUUAAUUCACCUCACUUUGAGUAGUGAUUUAUUCGUAUGAGAUGUCAUUCCAAAUUCUCAAAUUCUCCAAUUUGAUCAAAUUGCGCGGACUUGAAAUCUAGUCCAGUCCUCAUAGUCGUAUUUGAAAUAUUACGUCCCCUUACGCCCGUAUUCUAAAAGCUCACUCACACUCGAUGAGUGGAGGUUCAAUCUGAGCUUCUAUUGAGUGUCAAUGCUGUUUUUGAAUAGCUGGAGGAUGAGUAGUCACAUAGUAAGGUACGACACUAACCCUCCAGCUAUUCAAAAAUAGCAAUUGAAACUCAAUAGAAGCUCAAAUUGAACCUCCACUCAUUGAGUGUGAGUGAGCUUUUAGAAUACGGGCGUAAGUGUAUAAACACGGCUUUAAAAUUUGGCGACGCUGCAUUUUCGGCAAUUAAACUGGCAGGAUCUCCAGUAACAAUCAUGCCGUGUCACCUCUUUCAGCGUGCGGCACAUCCAUGCAGUGAAUAAUUAUGAUCAUGGAAUCAAAUGUUAAACACGCGAAACACGCGUUUAAACGCAGGUUCGAACGUGGUAACACGAGCUCAACAGGCAAAAACAACAUGCACGAAAUCACGAGCUAGAUUUUAGCGAAAAAUAUCACGAUAGUCAUUGAUAAUUACGAUCAUAUUGAAUAUAUCGUAUACAGGCAUAUUUCUACUUUAAUUGUUACGAUAAUAGUGAGUAAAAAUAUCUAUAGUAAUUCAAUCAUGGACGUUAUUAUAGAAGAAAGCUUGCCAGUACGAAUUUAGAAUUUGUUUUUGUUUUUAGCACUGGUUUGGACUUAAUAGAUGGUCGAAAUCAUCACGUGUGCGUGACCUGGACAUUUGCAGAUCACAAUUUCACGACCUACUUAGAUGGAUCACACGCCAAAACAUUCCCUGCAGCCAGAAAAUCGAAACAAUCAAUACAAGCUGGUGGAAUAUGGAUCAUUGGGCAAGACCAAGAUAACUUUGGUAUGUAUAUACAUAUACUAUAUAUAUAUAUAUAUAUAUAUAUAUAUAUAUAUAUAUAUAUAUAUAUAUAUAUAUAUAUAUAUAUAUAUAUAUAUAUAUAUAUGGUAUAUAUAUAUAUAUGGUAUAUAUAUAUAUACUAUAUAUAUAUAUAUACUAUAUAUAUAUAUACUAUAUAUAUAUAUAUAUAUAUAUAUAUAUAUAUAUAUAUAUAUAUAUAUAUAUAUAUAUAUAUAUAUAUAUAUAUAUAUAUAUAUAUAUAUAUAGUAUAUAUAUAACCUCUUUGCUAUAUACCCUGUAUGUAUGCAUUAAAAAUGCUACAAUUAAUAUAUAAUUUCCAGGCGGUGGCUUUCAAAACAGAAAUUCAUUUCAAGGCAAUUUGACUGAAGUUCACGUUUGGAACAGAGUCCUUACCGCAAGUGAGAUAAAAGAUAUCGCGUCCAGCUGUGUUCCAACUAUGAAGGGCAACCUGAAAGCGUACACUGAUUUUGAAAUUAAAGGUGAAGUGGAAACAUAUAUACCCAAAUGUGGUCUCGAGUAA